AUGUCUGGCACCGCGACACAACCGCCGGUGUCCACCGGCAGCGCCAAGCUCGACGCGCUCAAGCAGAACGCAGAGGCGAUGGUGCAGCCCAAGAAGCUCUCCGGCAUUGAUCUCUACUCCCGCUUCGCCCUCGCCGGCGCCGUCUGCUGUUCCGUUACCCACGGCGGCAUGACCCCGGUUGAUGUCGUUAAGACCCGCAUCCAACUCGAUCCCGUCACCUACAACCGCGGCCUCAUCGGCGGUAUCCGCCAGGUCAUCGCCAAGGAAGGCGCCGGUGCCCUCCUCACCGGUGUUGGCCCGACCUUCGCUGGCUACUUCCUCCAGGGUGCCUUCAAGUUCGGUGGUUACGAGUUCUUCAAGCAGCAAGCCAUCGGCAUUAUUGGCCUCGAGAACGCCUCGCAAUACCGGACACCCGUCUACCUCGCCUCCUCUGCCCUUGCCGAGUUCUUCGCCGAUAUUGCCCUGUGCCCGCUCGAGGCGACCCGUAUCCGUAUGGUCUCUGAACCCGGCUUCGCGAAAGGCUUGGUCGGUGGCUUCGGCAAGAUCUACAAGAAUGAGGGUAUCGGUGGAUUCUACUCUGGCUUCGGUCCUAUCCUGUUCAAGCAGGUGCCAUACACCAUGGCCAAAUUCGUCGUCUACGAGAAAGUCGCCGAGUACGCCUACGCCAACUACUUCGACAAGUCCAAGACCUCCCCCGGCAUGAACACCGCCAUCAACCUCGGCUCCGGUCUCAUCGCCGGUUUCGCCGCCGCCAUCAUCUCCCAGCCCGCCGACACCAUGCUCUCGAAGAUCAACAAGACCAAGGGUCUGCCUGGAGAGAGCACCACCAGCCGUUUGAUCAAGAUCGGUAGUGAGCUUGGUCUGAGGGGCUCGUUCAGCGGUAUCGGUGCUCGUCUUUUCAUGGUUGGUACCCUGACUGCUGGUCAAUUCGCCAUCUAUGGUGAUAUCAAGAGGGCGCUCGGCGCUGUUGGUGGUGUCGAGAUUGCGAAAUAG